ACAGCCUAGUCAUAGGAGUGUUCCCGGAGGACUGAGAGACAUUAUGGCAAGCUGUCUGGGGGAAUCAUUGCAAGCGAGUGGUGGAAAACCACUUUGGUUGGCCUGUAUUUUCUCUCUCUCUCUCUCUCUCUUGCUCUCGCUUUCUCCACCAAUGGAAAAAGUUGAGCACGUUGGGGUGUAACUAAUGAAAAUACAUUCAGUGUAGAAAGUAUUUCCAGCUUGUAACAGUUGAGCUGUGUGCAAUAUAUUACUCACAAGUUCAACACCAAAGCACUUCAUUCACAACUUGGGAGUUGAAUCUCAGCUUUUGGAAAAGGAAAGAUUUUAAAUUUGGGGACAAUGAUGAGUUGCAGCUGCAUACACUUUGAAGCUGAUAGCAGAUGUGUUCCUGGCCGAAAGGGGCACCUCCACCUUCGAAGGUACAAGUGCAAGAUGGGGAAUUCAGACAGCCAGUAUAACCUCCAGGGAACUAAAGGCGACAACAGCAUUGAGGGGAAGGCCACUCCUAUGACCAGGCAGAAGACAUGCGCUCUUAAAAUUCGAAGUGUCCACAUUAAGGAUGAAAAGUCCCGUUCUUCCUUUGGCUGGGGUCACGGCGGCAACAGCAUCAGUUACAAAGCGAGGUCACUGGGUAGAAACUGCCUCUCCCAACACAAAACCAACCAGCGCUUCUCACUCAAUGCCGCUGCACGGCAGUGCGAAGCUUUAGUGGUGGGCAAUAGCAACGCUGACAGCAGAUGCCACCUCAGUCACAUGCGCAAGCACGACUGCAGCAACGAGCCUCGGUUACUGCCCAGGAAUAAAUUCCCUUUCAUUCUCGACAAGGCAGAUGAUCAGAAUCAAACUCUGGUGUACAAUGGCUCCGUUGUGAACGGGCACGGCCUAGCUGAAGAUGCAAUGCAAGCAAAGAAAGCAGAAGGAGAAUGCAGUCCGAAAGUCCUCAUCAAAACGCUGGGAAGAUUUGACGGCAACCUGAGAGUGGAGUUUCACAGUGGCGCUGGGAAUGGCCAUGGGAAACCAACCUGUGAGGAUUCCCCAGGGCCAGUUCAGCUGCUGAGAUACUCAACUGCGAUGGAAUCGCAUCCCUGUAAGCAAAAUGAGGUGCAGAUUGAAGGCAGGACAGAAUACAUGAUAGACCAGUGCCUUCCCCUGGACGAGGGAAGAUUGAAAUCAAGCAAGCGCAGCUCAAUAAGCUCUGAAUAUUCCUGGUGUGAUUCACAAUGGGGACACCAUGCAUGUGCCAAUGAUUUUGAUAACGCAUACACAACCGCCAAGGCUACUGAUUCGAGCCACCAAGGGAACGUUUUGCCAACUGAUGAGCAACCUUUCCAGAAGUCAUCUCUCUCUUCCCUUCAAGCAAUGUACAGCGACGCUGGGGCAGGGCAGUGCGUUCCCACAGGGAAUGAGUUCCCACUGCACCACAGAAACACAGCGGCUUUAAACAGCAAGAAAUUGUUUGAGGAUGACUUCUCCAAGUGCAUGAAUGUGCCAUCCGAUGAGGAAGACAAAGGCCCCAUACAGUAUUCCUCGUAUACACUCCCGUGCAGAAAGCCCAAGCACCUCGCUGAGGACGGCUCCUCCCGGACUGCCUUAAAGAGCCGAAUGCGCCGCUUAAGUGCCUGGACUGGCAGCCUCACCAGGAAGAAAAGAAAACUACAGGACUCCAGAUCCAAGGAUGUCAAUGAGUAUUGUGACAGUGGUAUUGAUGGGUUGACUGGAGACGCCAGCUCUCCGUCCCAGGCACCGAGUUCCCUGUGGUCGUCGGGCUUCAGCUACACACUGCCGCCCAGGAGCAACUCGACCAACGCAGUCGGCAAUGACGUCCUGCGGCAGAGCAUUUACGAGAACUUCAUGCGCGAGUUGGAAAUGGGCCACAUGUCAAUGGACAUCACGGACCUAUCCACAGGGAGUGAGGACAGCAGCAGCGAUUCCUUCAACUCCCUGGAGCAGCUGGACCUGCUGUUUGAAAAAGAACAGGGAUGCGUGCGAAAGGCCGGCUGGUUGUCCUUUAAACCCCUCGUUACUCAUCAGAAGGAAAGGAAAUUGGAGCUUGCCCCUCGCAGAAAGUGGAGACAGUAUUGGGUUUCUCUCAAAGGUUGCACGCUGCUAUUUUAUGAGACCAAUGGGAAAACAUACAUGGAGCAGAGCAGUGUACCCAGAUACGCCUUGUUCACAGAGGAUAGCAUUGUGCAGCCGAUACCAGAACACCCCAAGAAAGAAAAUGUGUUCUGUCUAAGCAAUGCCUUCGGGGACGUCGUCCUAUUCCAGGCUACGAGCCAAACUGAUCUUGAAAAUUGGGUGACUGCGAUCCACUCUGCCUGUGCGUCGGUGUUUGCAAAGCAGCAUGGGAAGGAGGAUACUGUCAAGUUACUGAGAAAUGAAACCAAAAGCUUCAUGCAGAAGAUCGACAUGGAUGGAAAAAUGAAGAAAAUGGCAGAGUUGCAACUGUCCAUUGUGAAUGAUCCCAAAAAUAGGAAGGCAAUUGAAAAUCAGAUCCAGCAGUGGGAGCACAACCUGGAGAAGUUUAACGUGGACCUGUUUCGGAUGCGCUGCUACCUAGCCAGCCUGCAAGGUGGUGAGCUGCCCAAUCCCAAGAGUCUCCUUGCAGCAGCCAGCCGGCCUUCCAAGCUGGCACUUAGCAGGCUGGGCAUCUUCUCCGUCUCCUCCUUUCAUGCUCUGAAUUGUUCCAGGGAUGAAGCCAUGCUCAGAAAAAGAACGCUGUCCUUGUCACAACGGAUAAGAAGCAAAAAGGGCAUCUUUUCGUCGUUGAAGGGAUUGGACGAUCUGGGAAGAAAGGGGAAAGAAAAAGAAAAAGGCCCACCGAUUAUGCAGCAUGAGCUUGAUGGAUCGACAAACGUGCAUUUUCCAACUUCAGUCUGGGACUGCUCUUCAGAGUGUACAGCUCGAGUCUGCUUCCCCAACAACCAGGCAGCGAUCAUCGCCAUUAAGAAUGAUCAGACAGUGGAAGAUGUGCUGAUUAUGGCUUGCAAGAUGAAGCAAUUGAACCCAAUCCAUUACAGUAUUCGCCUCAGAAGAAUGGUACACAAAAAUAUGGAGUAUUGCAUUCCUAACCGUCUGGACUACAUACAGGAGCAGUUAUUUGAUGAAAUAGAGAUUACCACCAUGAAUAUUUACCACAUGCACCUUGAAAGGAGAGGAUCAGAAACUGUGUUUGACAGUGUUUACAAGUAUUCUCUGUUCGUGACUGACGUGCUUCCUGGCGGACUGGCUGACAAACAAGGUGCCAGGGUUGGAGAUGAGAUCUUAAUAAUAAAUGGAGCAGUGGUUGCAAAUCUCCACCAUAGAUGUAUUGAAUCGUUGUUUGCAGAAAAUCAUCUAAUACUUACAGUCAGACGCUUUUCCUCUGACUGGACCCAAACUGUAACAGGCGGAAAUGAUGCAUUAAACCAGAUAACAAUUCCACCACCUCCUGGCCAAUCCAAACUACUGGAGGAAUUUGUGGAUAAUCACCUCCUUCCUGUCCCCUCUGAUUUUGCCUGUGUGCCGGAGAUCCCUGCGCUAACAAGAAGUGUCACAACAGACUGCAUCGAGCCACACAAUCAGGCUGACAUCGCAGAAACACUUUUACAGAGUGCCGAGCACGUGAGCACUUUCUGCCGGAGUUUACACGAACUGCACCCUUCAGAUAUGGCGGGGCAGAAGGAUAGCCUUGAUCAGCCUCUCAGACCAAUGACACGGCAUCUCUCUGAUGCAGAAAGGCUUCGGAAAGUUAUCCACGAACUAAUAGACACGGAGAAAUCCUACGUAAAGGAUCUGAGCUGCCUGUUUGACGUCUACCUGGACCCCCUGCAGAAUGAGAUAUUCCUUACACAAGAUGAGAUGGAGUCGCUCUUUGGGAGCCUGCCAGAAAUGCUCCAGUUUCAGAAGAUGUUCCUGCAUACCCUCGAGGAUGGUAUUGCCUUAUCACCUGACUUCAACAAGCUAGAAACUCCAUCCCAAUUUAAAAAGCUAUUGUUUUCCCUGGGUGGUUCAUUCCUGUACUACGCCGAUCACUUCAAACUGUACAGUGGUUUUUGUGCAAACCACAGAAAGGCUCAGAAAGUUUUGGAAAGAGCUAAAACUGAUAAAGCCUUUAAAGAAUUUUUGGAUGCGCGAAACCCUACAAAGCAACAUUCUUUUACCUUGGAAUCGUACCUGAUCAAGCCCGUGCAGAGAGUAUUGAAAUAUCCUCUACUGCUGAAAGAGCUAGUCUCUCUCACUGAUGCAGAGAGUGAAGAGCACUAUCAUCUAACAGAAACAUUGAAGGCAAUGGAGAAAGUGGCCAGUCACAUCAACGAGAUGCAGAAAAUCUAUGAGGAUUAUGGGACCGUUUUUGAUCAGCUUAUUGCAGAACAGCCUGGAACUAAGAAAGAGGUCACAGAACUAUCAAUGGGAGAGCUUUUGUUGUAUUCUUCUGUAACUUGGUUGAACCCUUUCCCGUCUCUCAGCCGGAUGAGGAAAGAUCCUGAACUGACUGUGUUUGUUUUUAGGCGAGCCAUCAUACUGGUUUAUAAGGAGAUUUACAAGCUGAAGAAAAAAACUGGUACAGUUCCACGUUCCACUUGCAUCUAUGGUGAUAUUGAUCAGUUUAAGUUCAAAUGGUUGAUUCCACUGUCGGCUCUUCAGGUCCGGCUGGGCAAUGCUGCAGGCACAGAUACCAACUGCAUCUGGGAAUUAAUCCACACCAAGUCUGAAAUAGAAGGACGACCUGAAACAGUUUUCCAACUAUGCAGCAGCGAUCCCGAGAGUAAAACAAAUGUCAUUAAAGUGAUUCGUUCAAUACUGAGGGAAAAUGUCCGUCGUCACAUGACCAAGUCAGAAGGACCACUUGAGAAAAUAAACAGGGAGCAUUUGUUCGCUCUGAGAACCAGAGUGCCAUCCUCAGCUAAAAUAGGAUCAACUCGAGCCUCAAAGUUGCCUAAGCAUUGGUGUCAAGAUACUGAAAGGCACAACGCUGUUGAUUCGGAUGAAUGUAGCCUGAGCAGUGGAACAUUAAGCAGUGGCUGCCACACCUCAGAGAGUGGACUGGAACAUAGUUGUCUUUCGUUUACAAAGCAGAACCACCGUGGCCACGAAGAUGAAGUAAAGGAAUCGGACAUUUUAAGUGAUGAAGAUGACUUUUGUGAAUCCAAGAGUGAGACUUUGACAGAUGAAAUUGAGGUAGAGUUUGAGAAGAUGCAGAUUGAUACCAAAGCUGCUUUGGAGCAGGUGCCCAGCCACCAAACAGAUUCCAAAGAGGCAGAACAAAUAGAUCAUCCCCACCUAAGGCGAAGUCACUUUUCUCCAAUCAAAAUAAAAAGUAACAGUGCGAAGAAGAACAAAGGGAAUCUGUUAGCAAUGCAUAAGCACGACCGAUCUCUGGAUAGCCAAUCUGACGGUGCAAAUGUUGAUUUGAAUUCUAUACUGGAAAGGGAGUUUAGCAUUCAGAGCCUGACGUCUGCCGUUAAUGAAGAGUGCUUCUAUGAAAACAUCGAAAGUAACGGAGUAGCUUAGAUUGUAAACGGCAGCACCCAAAUGAGCUUUGGAAUUCACCAGAAUUGAAGUUAGUUUCUUAUCUGUCUUCACUUCAGACUUUACUGUUUUGUCCACUUGUUUUUUUUAAAUUAAAGACUGCAGGAGCAUGUUAGAAGAAACCAGUGUUCCGUUUGUCUUACCGCUGUGUGCACUAAGACGGCGGUCAGCCUCAGAAAUGUAGAUGUUUAAAAACAUUUUCGUUCAAGAAAAUAUUAAGUACAGAAGUCAAAUUAUUUAUUAUCCAUUAUGGACAAUAAAGUUUGGCUUCCACAAGACACUAGUUUUAUAUUAGGUUUGCAAAAAAGGCAGGUUUUGAACACAAAAAACUAAUAUUUUCAAUAAAAGUAAAAUUGCUUAUUUUAAAAGGCUGUAAAUCUCAGUUUUAUUUAUAGAUGGAAAAUAAUGGUUUACAUUAGUACCAGAAUAAUGAUCAAUAUUUGUUACAUUGUGUCCGAUUUUAAGUUUCUGAAGAACCAAACGUGUGUUUGGGUGUGUUUUUGUUUUAUCUAUUUGGCCAACGUUGACCUUUGCUGGUCUGACAAGGGACUCCACUUAUUUAGCUUUGUCUUUGGCCUUCCAAGCUUUGGUAUAUUCCUCUCCAUGCUAGCAAACUCUUGAUUUAGAUAUCUUAAUUUCUUUGUCUAUAAAUAUUGGAGGUUGUGUAUAUUGUAAUUUUAUAACUGCAUUGUAAUAUUGCUUUUUAAUGCGUUAUCUUUUAUAUUCUGGUGAAUGACUACUUGACAUUAAACAUGCAGAAAGUACUUCAAUGUUAAAUAAAUAUGCAUAGCAUCUGCAAGAA